AUGACGUUGUUCAACGUGUUUAAAUGGUUCUGCUACUGCUACCUUUUGUCCAGCUACAAAUCGUUGCCCUCGGCGUAUUUCUUUAGGUUUUACUACUAUGUGAUCAAGAAUCUAAUCAUCCCGUGUGUUACUGGACUCAAGACCCGUAACAUCAAGAAAUUGCAAGACAACAAGUAUGGUGCCCUCGGGUACACAGUGCUAUCGAGUUACGUGUGCCCCUUUGAUUGUGACUUCUAUAUGCAUAAGUCGAACUCCACUUACUUCACGGAAUUGGACAUCUCGAGAACGGACCUUAUGUCCAAAGUGUUCCAGAAACUCUUCCUGGAGUCGAAACGGUACCCUUACGUCCCUGUGGCGAAUGUAUUCACUGAGUUUAUGAGGGAAUUGAAGCCAUUCCAACCGUACAACAUCGUGAGCUCGAUCUUGUGCUGGGACCAGAAAUGGAUUUUUGUCAUUAGUAGGUUCAUGACGAAGAAUAACACCGUGCAACACACCAUCUCGGUGACAAAAUACGUCUUGAAGAAUGGCCGCAUCACAAUUAGCCCAAGGGAGGCGCUGGAAUACUGUGGCAUCUAUAACGAAACAGUGGCCGAGAUUUCUGCCCAAAACUACAAACUGAUGAGUGAAGAUAGUGGGUUCCAUAACACAGAGGCACUCAAGAAAAUCAAACUGGACUAUGUACACAUUUGA